GCAGCAUUCGAGCUCGCGGAGCCCCAGUAUGUUGUGUAGAGCGAAAAUAUGAGGUGAAGUCGCUCGCACAGUGUUUUAGUGAAUUUUUUCCCAUAAAAGAUUGAAAAAAAAAAUUCAGUGGUGCAAGAUGUGAUUGUGUGUGUACGGCGACGACGGGCAGUGUUUUGUUUUAGCAGUGCGACCAACCAUGAAGUUAAAACGGCUGUGUUGUUUUUUUGUGAAAUAGUGUGUGUGCGCCCACAAAACAACAAUUCCUCAAUGUGGUGUUUAGGGCAAAAUGGUCAGAGAGACUAGACAUUUGUGGGUAGGAAAUUUGCCCGAUAACAUACGAGAAGAUCGCAUACGAGAACAUUUCAAACGGUAUGGCCGCGUGCAGAGUGUCAAAUUGUUGUCGAGGGGCGCCAAGGAGGAGACGGGCGAGGGCGCGAUGGCGUGUACGGUGGCGUUCAUGGACAUCAAAAGUGCGUCCAAAGCCCACAAUGCCGAACAUAAAAUCGACGAUAGAACUCUGACCACGGAGUACUACGAACCUGCUGCCAUUCCGUCCGCUGCUUCACCGCAGAACACGCCCUCCUCGUAUUCUACCUCUCCGGGUAGCAACAGAUUUCCCAACGGCCAUGGGUCGACAGAAGAACAUGCGAAUUUCGGCGACCGCUUCUACGAGAGACCCAAUAACAGGGUAACCGAAGGUGAAUUUAUCCGUCGAACGAACUACCAUGAUAAUUGUAGGGGACGCAACAGGGAACGAAGUUAUAGAAAUGGUCCCUACAAUGCAAUCAUGGAUCGAUCUCAUAGGACACUCAAUAAUACAUGGUCAUCAUCGUAUGACACGACGACAAGGUACAAUAGUAGUCAAAAUGAAACAGGGUAUGUAUCAACACCUUCGGAUACCAACGAGAGGCGGUCGUCCGAACAAACAAGUACAAAGAAAAAAACUAAAUCAAGAUCGGGAAGUCGGUCACCGUCACCAUCGGGGAGCACAUCCAGUAGAUCACCAUCCAGAUCUCGUUCGCGGAGCAGCAGCAGCUCGUCGACGUCAUCCACCUCGCACGACACUUCCUCGAGCAGCGAAAAACGUCCCGUGGCCAUCCGUGUAAAGAACUUGCCUCCUCGUUCUUCGGACACAUCAUUGAAAGACGGCCUUUUUCACGAGUACAAAAAACACGGUAAAGUGACGUGGGUGAAAGUCGUAGGACAGGGUGCCGAUCGUUAUGCCAUCGUCUGUUUUAAAAAGCCAGAAGAUGUGGAAAAAGCCCUGGAGGUCAGCUACGAUAAACUCUUCUUUGGAUGUAAAAUCGAAGUGGAGCCUUAUCAAGGAUACGACGUCGAAGACAACGAUCUACGACCUUACGAGGCCGAAAUCGAUGAGUUUCAUCCAAAGGCAACUAGGACGCUCUUUAUCGGUAACUUGGAAAAGGACGUUACCGCUUCUGAUCUCAGGAAACACUUUGACCUCUUCGGCGAAAUCAUUGAAAUUGAUAUCAAGAAACAGGGGGCUGUGGGUUCGUACGCGUUCUGUCAAUAUUCGGACAUCGUGAGUGUAGUGAAAGCUAUAAGGGCCAUGGAUGGUGAACAUUUAGGGAAUAAUCGGAUUAAGUUGGGAUUUGGGAAAUCGAUGCCGACGAAUUGUGUGUGGGUUGAUGGUGUGCUUGAUUGCAACGAAAAGUACCUGAGGAUACAGUUUGAGCCGUUCGGAGCGAUUAGUAAAGUGCACGUGGAUAGGGACAAGGGACAAGCGUUGGUGUUUUAUGAGCAAGUGGUGGGGGCACAAUUAGCCGUUAAUAAAAUGCGGGGGUUUAAUUUAAAAGGGAACAAAAUACAAGUGGAUUUUGCUAGUAGGGAAUGUCAGGAGUCGUUCUUCGAACAUUUGGAGAAACAAGGUGUACCCAUGGACAGGACGGGAUUCGAAGAAAGGAGGGAUUCAGUCUCGAGAACGUUCGACUCUUCCACCAACAGAUUUGCAAGAUAUGAGACCCCCACUCGACCCCGCACUGCCUCUUACAGCAGCCGCUCUAGUGUGGCACCUCCCAGUCAACCCUCCGCUAUCCCUUCGCCCGGAACUCCGGGUUCGGUAACUCCACGGGGGACCGGUUCCCGUUCCCGUCUCCGGUUUCCCGACUACUACGACCAAACUGGAGAAUACGGCCCGGAACGCCACUUCCGGAACUACGACGAGUAUAGUCAAGGCUCCGGAGCGUCUCAUGAAGACGGCUACGAACAUGAAUACCCCUACACCAGUCCCUCAAAUGUGGAAACACUACCACCUAUUGUCAACGAUCAUUCCGGUACUCAAUUCGUUCAACCCGAACUUAGAAAUUUACAAAAAGAACGAGUUCAUCUAUUGGAACAACUUGAAGAGUGUCCUAGUUCCGGUGACGAGCUAAUAAGUCCGAAAAAACGCCUCAAAUUAGACUUGGUUGAAAAUUCGGUACCUAGUGAUGUGAUCAUUGAAGCGAAUCGCGAUCACCGAAAAGUGAUGGAAGUGAGGAGGUUAUCCGAUCCGAAUUUAAAACAUCAUCGACGACCAUCAGUAGAUAACAAACAUUUAGGACACGACCGAUAUCUCCCACACGCCAUUUGCAAAAGGAGAAAAACGGCAGGAAGUGACUCCUCAAGGACUCACCAUUACGACCAUUCCGGUUCGGAAAGUGUCGGAGGUUCACGACCGGGGACUCCCUUAGUCGACGAACGACCCGAACACUUUCCAAGUGAACCACGACGCGUCCCGAGAGAACGCGAAGGACCCCUCACACUCCCUCUACCUCGAUUCGCCGCUCAAGUGAUGAAUCGCGGAAGCGUCUCAAUUGCAGGAAUUAAAGGCCAGAAAGACACUAUUCUAUCUAGUCCACCACCCGUUACUAGCCCCCGCAUUUCAAACCCUAAACCUCCUAGUCCAGUCCCGGUACCACCACCGGCAUCGCCACCCCCACGACCUCCAAGUCUCAGUUCCAAUUCGAGCGAUAGUAGUGACAUUACGCCACCAAGUCCGUCACUUGACGAACGAAUACGAUCACUAGUCGAAAAAUACGAAAAGUGGUCCGGGAGUCGUGCACUAAGUGCUGCAGGAGGCGAAGCAUUAGCCAAGUUGGAUGCUACAAGAGAAAAGUUUAGAUCGAGACAUAAAUUACUCGAUUUGGAUUUGAAGGAAGUCCAACCAAGUGAGAUCGUCAAAUCUGUGAUGGCAAAAAGAAGUGUCUUUGAUGAAGAUUUAAAAAGGUUAGAGAAUGUUGGGGAGAAAUAUGAACCGAAGGAUUUUAGUGCAUUUCCAAGAGUUACAACAAGUGUCCACAUUUCAAUACCAACACUACCACCAACUGUACCUACAGCAACUCAACUACCUAAAACACCUACAAUGCUAUCACCGAGGUCUACUGGUAGUACCAACGUGACGGCAGCCAAAGGUCUCCAGUACCCGUUCCCGAGCCACCCUCCAAGUCUCACCCCCACCACUCCAACGUCAACAGCAGCACCCUCACCGGCAUCGACGACAAGUACAAUAACCAGGGGCACCAACCACGGUGAUACCAGACUGAAACCGUGCACGAGUGUCACUAGUGAUAAUCGAACAUCUAGUAAAGUGAAUGUAAAUAGAAGUGGUGUAGUGAUAAAAACUAGUGAAAAGAACAGUGUCAACAUUCCGAGUGAUACAAGUGCGGUGGUGGUGACGACAACAGUGACAACAACCACAACCACAACCCAUACUAGUGUCAUCAAAACAAAACCGAGUGAGAAACCUAGUGACAAAGUCACAUGUCGGAGGGACUCGACUAGUAGUAGCAGUGGUGAUGUGAAAACUACGAAAAAGGAAGACAGUGAUGAGAAAGAGCGCUUAGAAAAAGAGAAACAAGAGAAAGAAAGACUUGAAAAAGAGAAACUCGAACGGGAACGUUUAGAACGCGAAAGCGAAUUAGAAAAAGAAAGGAAAGAGAAAGAACGUCGUGAGAAAGAAGAACAAGAAAAGAAAGAACUCGAAGAGAAAGAAAAACGAGAAGAAGAAGAACGGUUAGAGAAAGAACGACAAGAGAAACUUGAAAAAGAAAAAGAACGAGAGCGCAAAAAGGAAGAAGAAAAGAAACACAAAGAGGACAAUCACGAGAAACGUAAAGACGACCACAGACAUAGGGAGAAUCACAGUGAGAGCAAACAUAGAGACAACAAUCACACCAAAGAGAACGAAUCAAGAAGCAGUCACGAGAAAAACCGUCACCACAUCGAAAGAGAUGUCGAAAGAAGAAAGGAAAGUGUCAAAGAAAAUCGCGAUAACAACAUUCACGAAAAGAAGAAUUUUGAUAAGAUCGAAAGCAGACACAUGAGUAUUGAUUUCGACCGCAACAAAUCCUUUGAGAAUAUCACCAAAACAGAUCCAAGCAAACGAAAAGAACGUAACAAUAGUUUACCUGCAAACAUCGGAAUUAAAAGACGCCUCAGUGCUCAUGACUCAGUUGAACAUUUAGAUGAAGUGAAGAAAAUGAAACUGAGUCAAGAACACAAGAAAUUGUCCGAAAGACGAGACUCCAAAGAUAGCACACGAUCCGAAGAAAAAGCAAAAAGUAAACAUAAAAACAACACAAAAAUCUACGACGACAAAAUCAAACAUAACAACACAAAAGAUAAAGAUCGAGAUGAGAGACACAAAAAUAAACAAAAAUUAGAGAAACACAAAAUCAAGAGCAAAAGUCGAGAGAAGGAAUGUCGAGAGUCUCCAACGACUCCGAAAAGUCCUGGAAAAGAAUUAUCAGAUAAAGAUUUCUUAGCUCGACUCGACUUACGUUCCAAUGAAGAAGUCGAAAAACAGAAACAACGCAAAGAGAAUAAAGACAAGAAAAAAUCCGAUGAAGAUGAUGCAAAAAAAUCCGAAACCAAAAAAGACAAACAUUUGGAAAAAAGCAAAUCACGUGAAGAUUCACGCAAUGAGGAUAAAAAAUGUCCAAAGAAAGAUCGGACGAGAAAAUUAACACAGAAUAGUUCCGACAAUUCCGAUUCCGAUGAACCAAAGAAACAUUCAAUUUUCGAUAUUGUAGAUGACGAACCAGCAUACAUUUCAAUGUAUGAUAAAGUUAAAGCUCGCAGUUGCAAAAAUAUGCAAAAACAAGAAGAAGAAAAACGUCAAGAGAAGAUCAAAGCCAAGUUCAGUCAAUUGAAACAAAGUCGUGCUAAACGUGAGGAGAAGAAACGCUCAACUUCAUGGGACGAAGACUCAGAUUCGGAUCGUGAAAGAGGCGAUAAAAUCGAUCACAAGACAAAACGAGGAAACAAAAUGUUAAUUAUGAGUUCAGAUGAGGAGGAACCGAGAAAAAGUCACAAGAAACGCGAAAUCUACAGCGAUUCUGAUUCAGAAAGGAGACAAAUCAAAUCUGAGCAUAACGAGACCAGUGAGGACGAUCGCGUUAAAAGUAAAUUACAACGAAAGGGCUCCAAGUCUCGAAUCACGAGCGAUACGUCUGAUGAUGAAUUGAAGAAGAAUCCGAUCAAAUCGGAGAUCUUCUCGGAUAAUGAAGUUGAUCAAGGAUUUGCUGAUUCGGAAGAUAAACCGUUUGCAAAAGUCAAAGACGAGUUCAAUCGGAUUAUCAAAAAGGCUAGGGAUAAACAUCAAGAGACGAUCGUUGAUCAAAUGAAUGCUCAGAUCUUUGGCGAUUCCAGUUCGCCGGUACUUGACAUAAAAACUGAACAAUUCAAUAAUCGACAUUCAUUUAUGGAGAAUUCUUCCGCCGAUGAAAACAACGAUAAAAAGGAACGGAUCGAAGUGAGAAAGAAACAUAAAAAGAAGCAGAAACGACAAAAACACUCCUUGAGCAGCGAGGAAUGUAACAAACUAGAGACAGUCGUUGAUGGGAUUCUUACAGAAGAUAAGAAGCAUCACGAUAAGAAGAAACAGCACAGUAAAAAGGAUAAAAAGAGGGAUAAACCAAAAGAUGAAAGGGACAAAUCGAAGAAAUCAAAGAAGAAUAAGUCUGAUCUUAAAUCUGAUCUGAAACGUGAUGGAAAAAUGGAGAAUAUAUUUGGAUCGUUGUCUGAAGAUUCAGAAAGUGGAGUUAAGGAAUCCGAUGAUCACAAACCCAACUUUCUGGACCGGUUUGGAGACACUAAUAUCCAAAGUUAUGCUAGUGAUUCUGAGCCGGAAAAAAUGGAAAAAGAGCGCGAAUCUAAAGAAGAACAUCGCAAACGCAAAGAGAAGAAACGUCGAGAGAAAGAACGAAGACUCCAAGAAGAAGCUGUUUCUGAACAGAUCAAUGAAAACAGUAUGGAUUAUGCUGAUAUGGGUAAACAACUAGAAGCCAAUAUCAAAGAUGACAGUAUGGAAGAAAUUGAUAAAAAUGAAAUCGAUGCUAGUCACGACACAACUGAUGAUUCUUUCCGCUUUAACGAAAAUGACUUCCAUGAAAAGAAAGAAGAUCGGAAAGAACCACGUGAAAAGAAGAAGAAACGCAAAAAGAGCAAAGAAGAGAAACAGAAACACCACCAUCACCAUCAUCACGAUAAGAACAAGGUGAAGACCGAAAUAAAGAAAGAGCCGCCGACGACGCCUCCUGAAGAAAUCAAAGUUGAAACUGAAGAAAACAAGAGUCUUCCGAAUUUAACAGACCCAACACCAAGUCCCCCACAAAAUAAAUCUUCAUCGAGUCUAGACUUUUCCAUAUCUCCGGUACCACGAGAAGCUUUAAUAAGUCCAAUUCCAAAAACUCCUACUACAUCCAAAGAGAAGAAAAGGGAUAAGUUUAUUCCCGGCUUUGGUACUGAAAUUGAUGAGAAACUUCACGAGAACGCAGUUAAAUCAAUUUCUGAGUUUGAACCAUCGAAAGAAGUGACAAAACCGGUUGAUGAAACUAAACCAGAACCGGUCCCUGAACCAAAUGAAGAAAAACCACGUGUUGUUAUCUCACAGGAAGAAACCGAAGAUGCUGUUGCAGCUCUCCUUGGUGAAAGCUUUGGAAGUGGCCAAUUCGAUGAAUGUUUCAACGAGGAAGAAAUCAAUUCGACAAAUGACCAAUCUUCAAAUCUUGCUGAAGCUAAUUUAGCUCAAGAUGAUGAAGAAAUGCGACAAGCAGUCCAAAGUUUGAGCGCAAAUGAUAUGGACGUCAAACCGGAAACACCACAAAGCGAACACGAAUUACAAAUUGAUACAGACACGGAAGAAGGCGAAGAAACUUCAAGCCGGUUUGAUCAACCACCAAAAACACCGGAAAUUACCGAACAGCCGAAAACAACCGAACUGUCGUCGUUCUACCGACCGGAAACAAAACCAACACCAAAUAUCGGAAGUCCACCUUCGUUAACUCCGAUCAAGCCACAAGUUUCAGUUCAGAAUGAAAUUAAACGGCCCGAAGAACCUAAAGUUUCUCUAAGCUUACCGAUGUUACCCGAACAGCCACGAUCGGUGAUUUCCCAAGCUUGGAAAGACGACCAGACUAAUAAUCAACCGAAAAUACGUACAUAUGGGAGUCCCCCAAUUGUGAAAAUUUCGGAACCAGCGUACCCACCAUUGGCAGCACUGACUAAACAAGAACAUCCACAAAUAAGCUCAGCUGAACCGAUUAAAAUACAAACGUAUCCAGUACUGACAACAAACCAAAAAAUACAAUUACCCAAAACAAAUAGUACUCCUCCUGAUUCAACAAAAGUCACUACGAGUACCACCAAUCUGUCUCUGAGUCGACUUCCUAUAACACCCAUUAUGGUUUCGAAACCAUUACAAGCGACCACGGUUUUGCUUCCGCAAGCUAAAAUCGCUCAUAGUUUAGAACCACCGGUUUUGGUUUCGGCUUCUCAAGAAAGGCCACGAAUGGUUUUCCAAACUACAUCAAAUAUCACACCUCACUUCCCAAAUAUCGUUCAAAGUCCACCUAGAAUGGUUCGGUCAUUACCACCUCAAGCCCUUGUUAUGCCCACUAGACAACUACCACCACCAACACCCUAUAGUACCAGUAGCCAAAGUAGUAUACCAAAACCAACCAUAAUAAUGUCAACCAGUCAAAUACCGACUUCAAAACCAUUCAUGCCAGUUAUUAAAGAAACACCACCGAAGUUAGUAACAAUACCGGAAAUAAGAGUAACACAGCCUGCUGUUAUCCAACAAACUAAGGAAAUUAAGGAACCGGAAACGGAGGUUAGAACAUCAACACCGAGUCCGGUAAUUGUUCAAACACCGGAGAAGAAACCGGAAAUUCAAGAACCACCACCACAACAACUAGCCAUAGAAAAGGUAACAGAAGAGUUGAAUUUGACCCUUAAAAAGGAAACCGACGUUAAGGAGGAAGUCGAAAUCAAGAAGGAAGAAGUUGAGGAGAAAUUAACCGAGGAAAGUGAUGUUGUUGUCAAACCAAAACUGGAAACAACUUCAAUCCCCCCCACUGUUAAAGACCAAGAGGAUGAGAAAGCCGACACUGAAAGUGUCAUUAGUGACAUAAGUAAAGAAAGAUCAAGUGCUGAAAUUUUAACAACUAAAGACGACCCACUUGACAAUAAAGAAGACAGUGACUAUUGGUCGGCCAAAGAAGUAAAUAUUGAUUCAGUUAUCAAGACUUUAUGUUCCGCUGACGAACUUUCCGACCACAGCAGCGAAAUCGGUAAAGACGAUUGGCUAGACGAAUCCAAAACCGAUGAAAAAUCCGACGAUUCGUCCAAAAAAGAGGAGGCCAUUGACGAAAUGUCGGACGAAAUUACCGAAAAUGAUGACAAAGAAACAGCUGGACGUGGUGGUCGUCGUGGUGGUCGAACACGAGGCCGUAAAACACGUGGUGGUAUACAAAGUCGGCGUGGGAAACCCGUAGUUACAGUUGCCAAACGUGGAGGACGUGGUGGUUGUCGUCAAAAAGGCGAAAGAAAAUUAUCAAAAUCCGAGUCGGAUGCUCCUUCUGAUGUUUACGAGUUUAGAGACGACUCUGAUGAAAACAAAGAACGACCUAGGUUGAUUUUGACAAUCAAAUCACCGGCUACUGUUAACACCCAGGCUGUUGUCAAAGAACCAUCACCUAAACCUGAAACCAAAGAGGAAUUCCUGUCACCGGUUGCUAACACUAGAAAGUCGCGAAGAUUACAAGAACGUGACGUUUUGAGGAACACAGUAGAUGAUACAAUUGAGGAUGUUGUACGGAAUACAGUCGUCACUAGAUCGAAUCAAAAUGCACGAAGAUCCACACGCCAGGCUGUGGUCAAUAAACCUGAAACACCCAGAAAAUCACCACGAGGGGGACGAAAGAAAGAUCGAAGGGCUUCAGACCCGUCCGAGGACUCCUCCGAAGAGAAAUCUAAAACCGAUUCAGAAACCAGAUCAGAGAGUGAUUUGACCGAAAUUGAAAAACCAAAAGAAGUAGAAAAAGAGGAAAUUAAAGAACCUCCUCAUGAAGGACUCAAAGUUAAAAUGUUGAGACGUGUUAAAGGCGAUAUGCAAGAACCGACGACUUUAAUCGAUCCAGUAACAGGUCUUUUGACACCAAUGAGAGAAUGUGAAGAAGGUCGAUAUAUACCAAUGCUUAAAACAAACGAACAAUCUGUUAUUACGUCAUCACAACAACCAAAACCCAAACCACAAAGCUUAAAAGCACAUGUUUUGUCAUCACAAGCCGCCAAAGCUGUAGUCUCCCAACAACAACCCCCACCACAACCAAUACCCAAGAAGAGUAUCAUAGUAACAAGUCAUCAACCUGUCACAAUUCAACCAUUAAGUCAAACCUUAAAUGUCAAUGUAUCAAUGCCAACUUACACCUCAGCUCACUUAUCCCCACGUCAUCCCGUACCAGUCAAUGUACUAUCCAAAGCCCUAACCAAACCUCAACUAUCACCCAAUCAGAUGGCAGUAUUGAAUCAAAAACAACCAAUCAUCAAUCCGAUUCUCACCACCCAAUCACAAAUCAUCAAUUUGAAACAACCACCAAUCAAACAACCGGUAAUCAAUAAAGCCAAACCCAUACACCAGCAACAGAUGUUGACUGGAUCAGUGGCAAGUCCUCCGUUGAAUAAAGGACCAAUGCCAGGCUUGGGGGCAAGUCAGAAUAGAAUUGUGCAAGCGCCACAUCCUAAGGGGGUGAUGGAACCCCCGAAAAUUGAUGUGUCAUUAUCGAACGUGAUUCUGGGGCCGAGAUCAAAUCUCUCACCCCAAAGCCAACUAAGACACGUGCCGGUGCCUGCGUACGAAGCAAGUUUGCAUGGGGAGAGGAAUUUGUAUAAUCGGAGCCGGAGUCCUCCGCCGGCUCAUCAAAAUUCACCAUCACCUCAGGGUGAAGCCAUUGCACAUUUCCCACCGGGUGCUGUGCCCCUACGACCACCACAUGACCUCCCACCCGGCCAUUACAUCCACCCCCACAUGUACCAAUUAAUGCGACAACAACCCUACCAUUUAUCACGCUCGCCGAUGGUAGCCGGCACAUUAGAGAAAUCAGGCGACGGUCAAGAGGGUGAGGAAGCCCCCGUGACGUCACCACCUCUAGAACUACGACGUCCUGGCUCAGUCGGCUUGGCCUUGACUGGAAGAACUGCAGUACCCCACAGUCUCCACUCACCACAUGACAGGACAACAGAUUCCCCCCAAGUGGGACAAGUCUACAACGUGCACACCGCCCGUAUGCAACACUACCAUUCCGCUGGUCGGUAUUACGAACAAACCGCGGAGCCCCCACCUGCACAUCGCCCCCUUACAAGUCACGGAUCGCUCACAGCCCUAGCUAAUGACCGGUCAAUGUCUCACAUGGCCGCAUUGGGGGCCCCCGAGCGUCCCCUCAGCUCACACGCGGCCUUGACGGCUCAUAUGGUCCCCGAGCGGCCAAUGACGAUGGGUGCCGGACUUGGUGCCGCCGGGAAUCUCAUGGGGGCUGUAGCGAGACAUGUGGGUGUUGAUGCUCCGGCUAGUCAACGGGGGUUGCAAGCUGCGACACCGCCACAUGCCAGUCAAGUACCACCACAAGCCGAAAGUCUUUUCAUGCUAUUAAAACAAUAUCCCUGUAUGUGGCAAGGGUUGCUAGCCCUGAAGAAUGAUCAAGCGGCGGUUCAAAUGUAUUUUGUUUCCGGGAAUGAUUCAGUGGCAAAAUGUAGUUUGCCCAAAAAUACAGACGGGUCGACUCCACCUUUGAGGAUUUUCCAAAGGAUGAGGUUGGAGCCCCCACAAGUUGAGGGGGUCGCGAGAAAAAUGCAGAUGGAGAACGAGCAUUGCAUGCUUUUGGCGCUUCCUUGCGGCCACGACCACAUGGACGUACUUAAACAAUCAACGAAUUUGACCAACGGGUUUAUCACUUAUUUGCAACAGAAGCAGGCUGCCGGGAUAGUGAACGUAGCCGCUCCGGGGACUACCCAACCACCGGCUUAUGUGGUGCACAUUUUCCCAUCGUGCGACUUUGUGAAUGAGAACCUCCGACGGAUAGCCCCCAGUCUGCUCGAACGUGUGGCCGACAUCGCCCACUUACUCAUCGUAAUAACUACAGUGUGAUAGCAUGAUUGUUUCAAUAUUUCGUUCACUUUAACACUGGAAAUGACUGUUUUUAACCACAAUGUGUGUCUUACUCUCACCGAUUUUUUUCGUAAAAUCUCGAAAUGUGGACGUUAUCCAAAACUGGAAUUACUUAAAAAUAUAUUUAAAAGUUUCACUGUGAUUUCUUGACAAACGUUAUUUACUAUUAUUAAAAAAAUAAUAAAACUAUUAAAAAAACGCUAAAAUUAACUUACUACCUAUUUAAGAAGAUCUCAUAUUGAAUUUAGUUAUACAAUUUUUUUCUUGUUUGAAAGAUCUUUAUUUUCGUAUUUGUACGUUCGCGGUAUAUUUGCAAUAUUUGCAAGUAUGCCACGAAAGUUAUUUUAAGUUUAACUUUGGGAUUUUGGUGCUCUAGGUUUUAUUUUUUUAUUUUCUUUUUGUUAUCACAUAAACACGCUCUCGAGAGCGUGUUUUUGUGACUCUUAUUUUAAUACUUUCUACUCUAGAGCGUUUAUAUAGUUUUUGUUAUUAUUUUUUGGGUUUAUUUUGUAGAAAGUAUGGAAAUGAGUUGUGCAACGUAAUCUCAAAGUUUUGUUGCGGCUUCAGCAAGGCUGUACAUUUCAAAUUAAACGUUACCCGUUUGUAGUUUGAAAAUAUGGCUAAUAUAAAUAAACAAAAAAAGUAUAUAGACAUAAUAUAUAAAUAUGUAGCAUAUAUGAUUAUAUGAAGAAAUCAAUCAUUUUUUAAAUUACAAUGUAAUAUAUAUGUGAAUAUAGUUUAAUUUGUUACUUUAAGCUUUUUUUGAGUUAUCGUUAAGAUGUUCUGUACAGUGUACUCUAGGCUGUAAGUAUGAGUUAGCCAGCGUUACAAAAAUAAUAUAGGGAACAUUGUGAUGUCUAUAUAUUACUGUAAAUUUUGUACAUAAACUGUGUAUUGUGAGUAUACAUUAUUAUAACUAUUACAACAAAAA